ACGAUGAGCAAACUGACCUUCCACAACAACAGAGUCAUGCAGGACCGACGCAGCGUUUGCAUCUUCCUCCCCAACGACGACUCCCUCAACAUCAUCAUCAACGUGAAGAUUUUGUGCCACGAGUUACUGGUGCAGGUGUGUGACCUCCUGAGGCUGAAGGACUGUCACCUCUUCGGGCUCAGCGUCAUCCAGAACAAUGAGCACGUAUACAUGGACAUGGCCCAGAAACUCUACAAGUACUGCCCCAAGGAGUGGAAGAAGGAGGCCAGCAAGGUCAGCGGUGAGGUCUUGCAUGGAGAGCUGACGGCAGUAAGGCCACCUCUGUCCCCGUCGCAGGUCACUUCCAGGACCCGGGAAU